AUGCUGCUAUGGGAGGCGCUGCUCGUGGGCGCCGUGUUUGGUGGCCUUCUCCUUUUCAUCUCCUUCAGGAGUCCUUCGUCUGCCCAAGCGAUAAAGAGAGGCCCGACUCCUCCGCCGGCGCUCAAGCCACCAGGCACGCCCGGCCCGAGCGAACGGCGCAAGUCGGUUACCUUCGUGCGCCACUGCACGCCGCCCUCGCAACGGCGACAAAGGCAGGAGGUCCAGGAAGCUCUGGUGCAACGCAACAUCGACCUCUGGGAGCGUACCGACCUGGCCGAACGCCUACGGCUCGCCGAGCAGGAGGAGGGCGCACGACGCGAGGCCGAGGCGCGCCACCGCAGCUCGGCCGCCGAGGAGACCAAGCGCAUCAUCGAUGCCAUUCUCCGCUCGCCGAUCUGCGCCGCCAGUGCUGAGCGAGAGCGAUGGGAGGAGAGCGGUCAGGCGCGAAGAAGACGGAGCAGCGUAGACUCGGUUGCGCGAUCUGUCGUGCCGAAGCGCGCAUGGCGAACCAGGAGCGACGAAGUUCACCAACACCACCAGCCGCACCAACAGCACCAACAGCAGCGCCACCACCGACAACAAGCCAGAGGCGGAGAAGGCGAUGGGGAGGUAGAGGGAGACAAAGAAGACAAAGAAGACGAGAUGGCGAGGAGACCGACCUGCUGGCGCACAUCCAGAAGGCACUCAAGCGCGAGCAGGAGGAGGUCAACCGCAUCGAGGAGGAGCUGCGCAAGAUCGAAGAGGAGAACCUGCAGAUGGAAACCGAGCUCGGCCAGGAAAGCGAUAACGAAAGCGAAAGCGACGUUGAUGGUGCGGCUGUUGAUGCGGACGAUGAACACAAGAGUCGAGAAGAAACAGAAGAAGAAUACGAAAUCGGAGAGGAGCACGAGCGAGACGGCGGGAGGCGAAGAGAAGACAACGAUGGCGAUAGCGACGAGUGGAACCAUGAGGAGAUGGAAGAGGAGGUGCGCUCAAUGGAGGACGAGAUCCAGAUGA